AUGGCAGCUAUGGAAAAUCAUUUAUUUAACUUGAAGUUUGCAGUCAAAGAAUUAGAAAGAAACUCCAAGAAAUGUGAAAAAGAAGAAAAGGCCGAAAAAUUAAAAACAAAGAAAGCUAUACAAAAGGGUAAUAUGGAGGUUGCUCGCAUACAUGCUGAAAAUGCUAUAAGACAAAAAAGUCAAUCACUGAAUUAUUUACGCAUGAGCGCUAGAGUUGAUGCAGUUGCUUCAAGAGUUCAAGGAGCUCUUACCACUAGAAAGGUGACUCAAAGUAUGGGGGGUGUUGUAAAAGCAAUGGAUGCAGCAAUGAAGUCUAUGAAUCUUGAAAAAAUUUCUUCAUUGAUGGACAAAUUUGAAAAUCAAUUUGAAGAUUUAGAUGUACAAAGUUCUUACAUGGAUAAUACUAUGUCUCAAAGUACUACUACUGCUGUGCCUCAAGGGGAUGUUGAAAAUUUGUUGCAGCAAGUUGCUGAUGAAGCUGGAUUGGAACUAAAAUUAGAACUUCCUACCAAUCCUCAAAGUAUCAGUUCUCUAUCUUCUACUACAACAGAACAAGAUGAGCUUACACAACGUUUAGCUCGUCUCAGACAAGCUGAAUAA